GUUCAGCUUGGCGAUGUUACAGAUGCUGUGUCUGCGGCUCCUCCUGCUCCUCCUCCUCCUCGGGUCUCUCGGCGCUCUCCUUGCUCCCCGCCGCCGCCGAGGGGUCGCGCCGCUGCCCGCCCCGUACCUCACGCGGUACCUCACGCAGCAGAUUGAUCACUUUGGAUUUGAUGAAAACCUUACGUUCCAGCAGCGAUAUCUGAUAGCAGAUCAGCACUGGAAGAAAGACAAUGGGCCGAUACUGUUUUAUACAGGCAAUGAAGGAGACAUCACAUGGUUCUGUAACAACACGGGUUUUAUGUGGGAUGUGGCUGAAGAACUUAAUGCCAUGUUAGUAUUUGCUGAACACAGAUAUUAUGGAGAAUCCUUGCCCUUUGGAAACGAAUCUUUCAGUGAUUCCAAGCAUCUGAAUUACCUGACCUCAGAACAAGCUCUGGCAGACUUUGCAGUACUAAUUGAGUACUUAAAGGAGACCAUUGCAGGAGCCCGUCACAGUCCUGUCAUAGCCAUUGGAGGGUCUUAUGGGGGAAUGCUGGCAGCCUGGUUUCGGAUGAAAUACCCCCAUGUGGUAGUUGGAGCACUGGCAGCCUCUGCCCCAAUCUGGCAGUUUGGUGAUUUGGUUCCCUGUGGUGCUUACUUUACCAUAGUGACGAAUGAUUUCAAGAAGAGUGGGACUGGCUGCUCAGAAAGCAUCCGGAAUUCCUGGAAUGCCAUUAACCACCUUUCCUCAACAGAUGUAGGUUUACAGUGGCUUUCCAGGACGUUUCAUUUGUGCAGCCCAUUGAAGAAUCUUCAGGAUGCGGCUAUGUUGAAAACUUGGCUGAGUGAAACAUGGAUAGACUUGGCUAUGGUGGACUAUCCCUAUAAAGCUGACUUCUUACAGCCUCUACCAGCUUGGCCUAUACGGGAAGUUUGCAAGUUCUUAAAGGACCCCAGUCUCUCUGACAAAUUGUUGCUGCAGAAUAUUUUCCAGGCAAUAAACAUCUACUACAAUUAUACAGGAGAAGCCUCCUGCUUUGACAUGUCUGAGACUGCAACAAAGAAUCUGGGCCAGUUGGGUUGGUACUAUCAGGUCUGUACUGAGAUGGUGAUGCCCAUGUGCACAGAUGGUGUCCAUGACAUGUUUGAGCCCCAGAAAUGGGACUUUGAGGCACUUUCAGAUGAAUGUUUCAGGCUGUGGGGAGUGAGGCCUCGUCCCUCUUGGAUUCUUUCUAUGUAUGGAGGGAAAAACAUCAGUUCACACAGCAACAUCAUCUUCAGCAAUGGCGGCCUGGAUCCGUGGUCUGCAGGUGGGGUGACCCAGAACGUCACUGAUUCCCUCGUGGCAAUUGUGAUCCCAGAUGGAGCUCAUCACCUGGACCUACGUAGCCGCAACCCUUGUGAUCCCAAAUCUGUGCAACAAGCUCGGGCUUUGGAAGUCCACUACAUGAAGCAGUGGAUUGCAGAGGCCAAGCACCAGCACUGAAGUGGUACUGUAACAACUGUGGCCAUUGUACCUCUGUUGGCUUUGCUGGGAUCAGGGCCAGGCCUCGUUGUGCAUGCUCUCAGUGUUCCACUCCUGCUUCCUUAUCCGUGCUGCAGUGCUCACUGUUGCUUAUGCCCACAAGAGAAGUAGGCAGCACACAGAUAACCUUCAGUCAAAGUGUGGAUUGAGCUGCCUGCUCUGUGUUGCUUUCUCCUAUGGCUUUUCUCCAAUGCUGUACCUUAGGGUAGAGUUCCUGUUCUAGGCUUGAUGCCUUCCUUCCUGUGCUAGAUGACUGUCCUUACUGUUGGUAUAUACAAUGGAUUAAAGAGCAGUGCUGUUCAUGUUGAUGCCAAACUCCCCCUGUUUUCAGUGGGAUUGCAUUUCGGGCAUCUCAGCCCUCAGCUGGUGUAAUUGUCAUGAUAAGGGCAUAGAGAAUGAGGGAACAGAAAUUACAUCUUACUGCAACUGGAGAGAGAGGGAAGGCAAGGGCAAAAACUGGCUGUGCAGUUUGUGAGGAAACUAAACAGCCCCUACCCUUUGGAACUGAUACUGGGAAAGAAAUAGAUCUUUAUUUUUUAAACUAGUUUUCUGGAAGUUUAUUAACCUAGCUGCCUUAAGUAGCUUUUCCAUUCUGGAAAAUCAUGAAUCAUUCCAUUCUGGAAUGGUCAGGGCUGGACCCGGACUCUUGCUCAUAACUGGCUGAGAAUGCACAGUCUGCAUCAGGGUUUCUAUUUCUUCCUUUGCUGUUUAUCCUAUUCCUGAAAUGCCACUGUGAUGAUGGUUGCCAAAGAAAACUCUGGGUGUGUUUUGUGUGUGUGUAUAUGUGUAUGUCCCACACACACUUAGCUUUUUUCAGAUCAGGAAGCUUUCAAAGCCAUUCUCUCGAAGAGCAAGUGUGACACUUGUGCUGGGUAGAUCUUAUGAAGUGACAAAUAAUUGGGGCUGUGCCUUGUGUGGGUUCCUCCCUCCCCCCCAUUCUGUGUAUUGUUCAAAUUCUGCAUGAUCUGUUUGCUGAUGGCUCUUCAAUAAAAGCCUUUUACAAAAAAUUGUUUGCGGGACGAACUAUUCAAAACACAGAAUGCAGCUACCCUCUUGGAGCAGGCUAAAGCAUGGUGCUGAGCUCAACAAGCCAGGUGCACUGGGCUUUCUGUAAGGCUUCCAAACCAGACAAACUGCCCUGAUUCAUGAGACAGCAUAUUUGACAUUAAUAAAUGGCUGGGGCAGUCCCCUCAUUUUCCAGCUUUGGCUUCAUUCACACUGAAGCCCUUCAGAAAGGCUUCUUUGCAGUUUAAAAGACAACUGCAUUUCAGGAAGACUCAGGCAAGGCUUGUUGUCCUCAGGCUCUUAAAAUUUCAACUCUGUUGAAAAGUUUUCUCAGCUUGGCUGAUAUGCCUGAUAGUUCAGGAUUCCCCUAAGACACCAAGUGGUCUUUUCUGUUAGCAGUCUCCUCCUGCCCUCAGGGAACAAAGUGAACCCAAUGUUGAAAUUUAAUCUUUUAAUACAUAUCUGUGCAUCUUCUUUCUAUUAGAGUUCCUGACAUUCUCUCACCUUACUCUAAUGUGUUAAAUCUCAGCAUAAACACUGUGUUUGAAUCUGAACGUCUCAUGCUCUGUCUUGAGCAAAGUACUUAGAGAAUGUAGAAUUACAUUAACUAUUCUGAAGAAAUUAUAUUUCAAACCAAAAAUUGAUCAGUUUUAUUCAGCCUUUUUCUAAACCUUGCUGUCUGCUAGGCUUCAGCAGUGAGAUUCUGUGACUCCAGUGCGCUUUGGAUCAGCGUUUUGCAGCUUCGACCAGCUUAUGAAUUAGGUGACUCUUAUCAGUUGUUGGUUCUUACUUUUUCUUCAAGUAGCUGAAACCUUGAAUAUGAACAAUAUCUUAAGCAUUCAGACCUUGUCUUAACUUUUAUGUACACAUUAAUGUAUGCUAAUGAGGAACUGCCUGUGUAACUACCUCAUCUAAAUGUUAGUUCUUCUGAUUGCUCAUGGAGGUGAGAACAAAACGGGCUUGGGGAAUUGCUGACUUCUCUUUCCAGGCAUAUAGUGAUGGGCCACACUUCAUCUCAAGCUUAUUGGUGUACUUCAUAUCGAGCCCUUGGUGUGUGUCAUGAAUGUUCUGAAUUUAAAAUGUAUGUUUGCUACUGACUGAGGAAAAUGUUAAAAAGAAAAAAGGAACGGAUGAUGUAUCCAGCGCAUGAAUCUUACUGGUGCAACUGCAGUUUGUCUCAAAAACACAUUAAAAAAUAUCCAGUGUGA